CUGCGCAUGCGCAUCCCCAGCUGGCGGAUGUUUGAGGAAGUUGGAUCAACUUUCUCUACCUGUCCGAUUUGAAUCACAUAUGCUUCAUAUCUACCGCUACAGGAAAUGAAUUCAACAUCAGCUCUGGAGCAGCUGGCAGAAAUAGAGCUGCAGAAGGAGGAAGAGGAGGAUGAAGAUCAGAGCUGCGUGACAGACGGUCCGUCGACAAACAGCUGCAGUUCGGAUCCGUCUCACCCGUAUUAUGACGUCGCCCGACACGGCAUCGUGCAGGUCUGCGGUGACGACAAGUUCGGCAGGAAGUUGAUCGUGUUCAGCAGCUGCUGUCUGCCUCCGUCUCACCAGCUGAACCACCGCCGCCUGCUGGAGUAUCUGAAGUUCACUCUGGAUCAAUACGUGGAGAUGGACUACAUCCUCGUGUACUUCCACCACGGCCUGAGGAGCGGAAACAAGCCGUCGCUCAAGUGGCUCAGAGAGGCGUACGCAGAGUUCGACAGGAAAUACAAGAAGAACAUGAAGACUCUGUUCGUCGUUCAUCCAACGAACUUCAUCCGGAUCGUCUGGAACAUUUUCAAACCUCUGAUCAGUCACAAGUUUGGUAAGAAGCUGAUUUACGUGAACUACCUGACUGAACUCAGAGAACACCUGAACUACGAGCAGCUGAUCAUCCCUGCUGACGUGCUCAGACACGAUGAGAAGCUGCGAUUGGCUCAGAAAGGAGGCCCCGCCCCCUCAGUGAAAACCCCCCCACCCCGACCCCCCCUCCCGACUCAGCAGUUUGGAGUCAGUCUGCAGUACCUCAGAGAGAAAAACAUGGAGGCCAUAAUUCCUCUGGUGUUGUCUCAGACCGUCACUUACCUGAAGGAGAAAGGUCUGAACACAGAGGGGAUCUUCAGACGUUCGGCCAGAGUUCAGAUCAUCAAAGACGUUCAGAAGCUUUAUAACCUCGGUAAGCCGGUAGAUUUUAACGAGUUUAACGACGUCCACGUUGCCGCGGUGAUCCUGAAGACGUUCCUCAGAGAACUUCCAGAACCUCUGCUCACCUUCAACGUCUACACACACAUCCAGGACUUCCUCAAUGUAGAGAGCAGUCUUCGUGUCUCCAGGUGUCGACAGCUGAUGGAAGAUCUUCCUGAACACAACUUCAUCGUAGCUAAAUACCUGCUGAGCUUCCUGUACACGGUGUCCCAGCAGAGCGUGGAGAACAGGAUGAGUCCCUCUAACCUCUCGUGUGUGUUCGGGGUGAAUCUCCUCCGCCCUCCUCACGGCUCCCUCUCUCUCUCCUCUCUGACGCCCAUCAACAUGUUCACAGAGAUCCUGAUCCAGCACUUCCCCUCUGUGUUCGGGUCGCGCUGCCCCCCCCGCCCAGAUCACCCCCUGACGCUGACCACACAACCUCUACCAAGAACAAAACACUGCUUUUUACCGAUAUUAUAAUAAACAAAAUAAUUACAACUUUUUAUGGACACUCCAAGAUUUUCAAAAUAAAAGAUCUCAAGAUUAGAUGGAGGUAUGUUUCUUCUUACGAUCCGAAAUCUAAAAUCCACGAAGAACGACUGACUUUUUUCUAUAUUUUUAUAUUUUUUUCACUUAUUGUUCGUAUACUGUGCAUGAUUUUCAAAAUAAAAUACGGCUCUGACGUUCCCUCUGGAAAGAAAAGCCAAAAUCUAAGAGUCCAACAAUAUCUCCAGUUCUUAAAAUAUAAGAAGAAGAACGUGGGAGAAUUUCAAAAUAAAAUGUCCCUGUAAUUAUUCAUCGUUACCCGGAGGAUGUCGUCCUAAAAAACUCAGAUUUUUUCCGUAUCUUUCCUAAAAUACCAACGUCUAAAAGCUGCCGUAAACUCCUGCUCCCCAGAGGAUACACCGUCACAUUAUUUUGGUAGUUUUCGUGUAAUGUUUGCACAGUUAGCUCAGAUAUGUGUUUUCAUACAGAGAACGGGAUGCCACGACAUCUGACACACGUUUUAUUACAAAUAUUGUUAAAAAGUUUUUUUUAUAAGUGUUCACUGAAACACACUUCUGUAUCAUGCUUUGUUUUUUACACUGUUACCUGCAAUGAGUUGAUUGUGUUGAUUAUUGUGUUGACAUGUUGUUGUUGUUUUUCUCACAUUACUUUAUGACUAAAGGAAUGUAGAAAAUGAGCAAUUUGAAAUGAGUCAAAGCAAUGAUGUCGUGAAAAGAAGGUCAUUUUUAAAGCAUUUCAUUAAAAAGAAUUAAAGAAAUAAAAAAA